UGUUGUGUCGGAAACUGUAGGGUCCGCCGCGGCCCUAGUGACCGAGAGAGCGUUGCGCGUGUACUGUUGAGUAGCGUGUCGCCCGCGGUUUUCGGCCAUUGUCGGUUCACGCUCAUGAAUGCGAGUGCAGUGUCGGCAAAAUGCGGUGGCGGGCGCGCGCGGCGCCUUCCCGCGCCAAAGAACGCGCGAACAUCAGCUUCUUCAUCUUCAUUAUGUUCUUCGCUGUGUUUGGUGUAAUUGUGUUGACUGAGUUGUUGUUACUCGAACGACCUACACCAGGCUCUACGAGAUCGCGAUAUAAUGAAGAUCUCCAGGGUUGGGAAGGAAGAACUGAAACUGGUGGCGAAGGUGCAGAACCGCCACCACCAGCGCAUGCGCCGUUGGACGCUGUCUGGCAGCCGGUAGCUGGCACUCGAUUCAGAUUCUAUGUGUACUCCGCUUACGUCGAGCGAAGGACCGUGGCUGCAGUGCGCGUUAUCGCAGCGACAAAAACGCGCGGCGCGGACGCUGUCAUGUGUCGCUUGUGGUUGUCAGAUAACCGCACUGUCACUUUAAAGGCUAGAGUCAAGCCCAUUCGUGAAAAUUGGAACCUAAGAUACAGUGCUACGUAUGUGUUAUGCUUGCUGCGCGACUCGGGUAUUAAGCCCCAAGAAACGGUGGGCGCUUCUUUGUCUAUAGUGGCCAAUACGACACCAAAUCGACCGCCAACUAACCUGCUGACUGUGAGAGACACAGAGCCAAAAACCGGCAUUGAGGAAACACUGCACGUUUGCGUAAAGCCAUUUCAUUUCUCAUACUCGAGGGACGAAUGGCUGGUCGAAUGGUUCGAGCUGAACCGUCUCCUGGGCGUCAGUCACUUCUACAUGUACAACGAGUCGCUGAGUGCACAGGUGACUUGCCUGCUGGACCACUAUCGUAAACAAGGUCUUGUGACUCUACUGCCUUGGAAGCUACCUAUUGUGUCGAAAGUGGAAAUUAGGACGGAAGGGCAAUUCGCAGCAUUCAAUGACUGUCUGUACCGGUCCAUGGCGACAGCCGGUUGGCUACUCGUCAUAGAUGUCGACGAAGUCAUAAUGCCGAGGCGCGAGAGAACAUUAACAGCGCUGCUGACGGCUCUAAGGGCUGCCUACAACCCACCCUCGAAGGCGCCUUCCGCGUUUUUGUUUAGAAACGCCUUCUUUUACCUUCGGUGGGAGGAUGACGCAGAAGCCCCUGCGCCACUUGUAACAGCACGCAAGACCCGUCGCUGGGCAGCGCCGCACGCGCUGAAAAAUCGCAGCAAGUACGCACUGCGACCGCGCGACGCCGUCGAGCUCGGGAACCACUUCGUGUGGGAGCUGGCGCCCGGGGCCAGCUCCGUGGGCGUCCCCACUGACAGGGCGCUGUUACACCACUAUAGGAUUGCGUGCGAGUACGGAGGCGUGCAAUGCCUAACAGUACCCUCGACGGUGGAUCGAACAGCUCACCGAUGGUCCGACGAGUUGAUACAACGCGUCUCAUCAGAGAAGGAACAGGUAGCCAAGACGUGUACCGCCUAAAAAAAUACGCCAAAACCGUUAUCCAGCAUUAGGUAAAUUAUUUUCUCACUACAUUAUUGUAUUUGUACCCAAUUCUCAAUAUGUUUUUAAUGAUAUACAAAAAGUUUGUACAAGUGACCGAGCCAAGUAAGCGACUGUUUAAUGUGACGUCACAACUUUCGAGUAGGUCAGGAACUCGUAAAAAUUGAGUCAACGUAAUCAUCAUAGUAGAUUGUUAUCGUUAAAAAAUGAAUAAUGGGUAUAGAACACGGUACCUGCGGUUAGGAGGGGGUGGGGAGGAGAAACCUAUGUUUUUAAUGAUAUUCAAAAAGUUUGUACAAACGAACGAGCUAAGUAAGCGACUGUUUAAUGUGACGUCACAACUUUCGAGUAGGUCAGGAACUCGUAAAAAUUGAGUCAACGUAAUCAUCAUAAUAGAUUGUUAUCGUUAAAAAAUAAAUAAUGGGUAUAGAAUACGGUACCUGCGGUUUGGAGAGGGCGGGGGAGGGUUAUUCCGCAUUCGACGUGUUAGUUUCCUUGGCUUGGUUAAGUAGUAAUUCUGAAUAUGAUACUACUUGAGUUAAUUACAAUUGGAGAUACUGAACUGUUACAUAUUUGAUGUACAAUAAACUGCUGUUUCUUAUACGUUCAUUUAAAGAUACUAAAAGUCUCAAA